UCCCCUUAUCCCCUCUGGCCCUCCUCCCGGCAAAAGCUUCAGAUUUUCCACCGCUCUUCGCCAAUGGCUUCCUCCACUGUCGCCUCCGCCCCCUUCCUCCCGUCGCUCCCCAGUCCAAAUCACAGGCGCCUCUCCCUCCGCUACCCCGCUCGCCGUCUCGGGGUGGCCGCAUCCGCGGCUCCUAAGGGCGCGGCGGCGUCGGAGGCGGCGAGGGAGCGCCGUCGUUUCCUGGAGCGCUACGGCCUCAACCCUGAUGACUUCGAGGAAGAUGCCGACCCGGAUCCCAGGGUUUGCUCGGAAGAGAGGAGGAGGGAGAGGCGGAUGCGGCGGUCGGGUGGAGGGGAGGAGGCCGCUGUUGCUCCUGCCAGGCCGGUGGAGCGCCGGGAGACUCAUAAGAUGCUCCAGGUACUAGCUGGGAAGGUGCGCAGAAGAAAACUACUAUCACCAAAAGAUAGGAAUGUUCGUCCAAUGAUGGAAGUUGUCCGAGGAGCAGCCUUUGACAUUAUACAAUCAGCUGGUGGUUCUCCUGCUUCACUCAAACCUGGUCUGUGGUUAGACUUGUACAGCGGUACUGGAUCUGUAGGAAUUGAAGCUAUGAGCCGAGGCUGUUCACAGGCGCAUUUUGUUGAGUUGGACCCUUGGGUUAUUUCUGAGGUUCUUAAACCUAAUCUGGACUGUACUGGAUUUCUUGAUACUUCGCACAUACAUAUGCUCCGGGUCGAGAACUUCUUGGACAAUGCUGAAAAAUCUAAAGGUAGAUAUCCUUCUUUUGAUUAUAUUAGUGUAACACCGCCAUAUGUUGAGGUCAACUACAGUACACUACUCGAUCAGCUUGCAAGGUCCCCGUUGGUUGGAGAAGAUUGCUUCAUUCUAGUUGAGUACCCACUGAAAACAGAUAUGCCUGAAUCCUGCGGAAAGCUAAUAAAGAUAGCUGACAGGAAGUUUGGUCGGACAAACCUGCUGAUUUAUGGGCCAACCUGGUCAGAGAAAAAGAAAGGAAGGAUUCUGAGAUAAUUUGUGUAACACCGAGGCAAGUUUUGCACACAAGUACCCAUUUUGCAGAUCAGUACUCUCCGAAGACCGUAUACUGUAUUUUGAACAGCACCAAACGAAGUUGGCGCUUGAGUGCCACUGAGAUCAUCAGUGCGCACGGCAAUUUCCUCUGUGAAUUUCCUACCGGCGCUAACCCACCCAGCGGGCCAACACGACACGAAGAUGUCGUCUCACCUAGGGGAGUUAAAUCCUCCCAUUCUGGUUGGCAUAUCGAAAUCACGUAAGAAAGAAGGCCUCUCUCUCCUUUCCAAGGCAUCAGCAUCAAGCCAUUACGAUGUUGCGUUUCAUCAGCACCAUCCGGUAGGGACACCCCCUGUACGUUGUUGAUAUGCGCAACGGCUCGCAGCUCGACUCCAUAUAUGGUUCAGCCUACCCACCUCAUGCUUCAGGGGGGGGUUUAUUUCCACCGUGUGAGCACGAGCAGGCUGACCUCUAUCUGUACCUGUUUAGGCUCAGACGUGCUCUGUGUAUCUCCGUAGAAUGGCCAUGGUGCCUGGCCAAUGAAGGAAAUGAGUUGGCCUUCUGUAUUUCGCUACAUGCUUGCCGCCUGUGCGCUAUGCUCUUUUUGGAACUGACGUGAUAAUGACUGGCAAACGUGUGCCAGUGCGACCA